AUGAUGAUGACGUGCCGUCUGCUGUGCGCCCUGUUGGUGCUUGCCCUGUGCUGCUGCCCGUCCGUGUGCGUGGCAGACGCUGAGCCUGAAGUUGAUGUUCAAGGUUCUUCCAGUACGGCAACGACGAAUAAAACGCAGCCACCAGACCCCAAAGGGAAGGCCGACCUCAAACCUGAUGUAGGUGUCGUUCCACCGCCUCCACCACAGCCACCGACUACUAUGCCGGCUGCUGCCAAUGGAAGCGGCCCCAGUCAAUCGAACUCUGCAACAGUUGUAGCACCACCGUACCCCGGUCAUUCAGAUCUUUCAACAAAGGGACCCGUCGCAAAGCCGGGAGAUGAUGGCGGAGAGGGGCCGGGAUCUAACAGUACGGCAGGUCUGGUACCAAAAGUAAGUACCGAACCUAAUAAAUCACUGACAGAGGUUACGAAAGAGCAACAAAGUCGCACUAAUACAUCCGCAGAACAAAAAAAUAAGGAAUCUGAAACUUCUGCUCAGACAAACACCACGACCACGACAAAGGCACAAACUACGACGACCAUCACUACACCAGAGGCACCAAGUGCUACGACUACAGAGGCGCCAGCUGUGUCGACCACCCGCGCACCGUCACGUCUUCGGAGUGUCGACGGCAGCCUCAGCAGCUCUGCGUGGGUGUGUGCCCCGCUGGUGCUCGCCGCAUCCGCGCUGGCGUACACCGCUGUGGGCUGA